AAAAGGGAAAAAACCAUGAUCCUAUUUUAUAUCUCUACUAAUUUGCGUUAAACUCUUGCUCCUAGUACCUAGCAGUCUUUGAAAAGGAUGUGAAGUCAGCAUUAUCCAUUUUCCAUUAAAACAUCGCCUUUGAAAGGGUGCAAAGACUGGAAAUUCUUGCAUAGCGUGUCCUCUUUGAGCAGAAAGCCUUAAUUACUCACGACAGUUUUGCUAGGCUACAGGGUUUUUUUUCCUUCUUUUCUAACACAGUAUACAGCUGUGUACCAUGCGUGAUUAAUUUCCAUGUUUCAGACUAUUAAAACUGUACCUUUUAAUAUUUUUUUUUAAUAUUAGCUUUCAUUUUGAGAAGAACAAAAUCAUGUCAGCCCAAAAUGAAAAGUAGGGGUGCUCUGAAGUUUUUUUUAGCAUGCUUUAAAAGGUGAUGCUCUUGUCCAAAAGUGCUGAAAAUCUAAUUGUGUCUUCGUUACUUCAUUGAAGUGUACACAAGAGCCCCUGUCAUUGCUGUAGUUGUCAAGAUGCCAAUAUAUUCAAGAUAAAAGCAUUCUUUCUUUUUUUUUUUUUAAUUGCCUAAUAAUCAGGAGGACUGGAUCCAGUGUUUGCUGGCCAUUGCAUGUCACUGCUGCCUACUAGAUUUUAAAUACGUUGUGUAGUCAUCAUGGUAUGUUGUUGAAAGCCAAAGUGUAAGGGAGAACUUUUCAAAGACGGCAUGACUCACUGAGCAGUGAGAAGAUCACAAAGUGUACGGGCAUCUGUGUUCACAGGACUGUUUUAAACUGACAGUUAACUUUUCAGUCAAAGUUGCCUUUGCAAAGUGUUAUGACCAGGGAAGAAGGUUACAGAGAAGAAUUCAGCUAUGACAGAAUGCCAACUUUGGAGCGGGGAAAGCAAGAGAAUGGAAAUUAUAUACCGGACAUCAAAUCCAGUGACCUUCAGCUAUCAAAGAGGCUGCACCCUUGCUUUAUUUACAGAACAUGGAUCUUUUCUUUUCUGAUGGGUACUUGCCUCCUUAUUACCUCUGGAUUUUCACUGUAUCUGGGAAAUAUUUUUCCAUCUGAAAUGGAUUAUUUACGUUGCGCAGCAGGUUCAUGUAUUCCUUCAGCAGUUGUGAGCUUUGCUAUAGCAAGGAAUAAAAUUAAUGUGAUACCCAAUUUUCAGAUUCUGUUUGUCUCGACAUUUGCUGUUACAACAACAUGUUUAAUUUGGUUUGGAUGCAAACUUGUCCUGAAUCCAUCAGCUAUAAAUAUAAAUUUCAACUUGAUUCUACUUAUUCUGCUGGAAAUCUUCAUGGCAACUACUGUGAUCAUUUCAGCUAGAUCUACUGAAGACUGCUGUAUGAGAAAGAAAAAUACCACAUAUGAUAGUACCAUUGUUUUGAGUAAUGUUAGCUUUCCUACCCGAAUUCUGAAAUCAUACUCAGUAAUUGAAGUGAUCAUUGGAAUUUCAUCAGUAUUUGGUGGCAUAAUUGCUUUAAAUAUGGAUGUUCUAGUGUCAGGUCCAUAUCUUUCAGUAACGUUCUUUUGGAUCUUGGUUGCUUGCUUUCCUAGUGCUAUCGCAAGUCAUGUGGCUGCUGAAUAUCCAAGUAAAUGUCUGGUUGAGGUCCUGAUUGCCAUUAGCAGUGUCACAUCCCCUUUGUUGUUCACUGCUUCUGGAUACUUAUCCUUCAGUAUCAUGCAAGUUGUUGACAUCUUUAAAAAUUAUCCACCUGCUGUUAAACAGUCUUAUGAUGUACUACUGUUGCUUCUGAUGUUGAUGCUGCUAAUUCAGGCAUGCCUUACUAUUGGAACUGUAAUACAGUGUGUAAAUUACAAGACAAAAAUGAAACUGCAGGAUUCGUCCUGGACAGAAUCACAGGUUAAAAAACAGGAGUACAGAACUACAGAGGUUUCCAAUAAUACCUUAAAGGAUUUUGACAAAGACAAAGCCUGGAAAGCAGUUGUGGUGCAGAUGGCUCAGUAGUUUGGAUUCUGCAAAUACAGCUACUACAAUCCAAUCCAAUCCAAUCCAAUAAAUCUACUGUUUGAAUUAAGGCUUAAAAACUUUUCAGUUUAUAAACAGCAACAUAGUUACAGCAGUAGGAGCCAAUGAAUAACACAAUAAAUAUUGCCUUUCUAAUCAUUUUGAAAUAUGUUGAUAACAUUUUUAACAAAUGUCUUUUCUGUUGGUAUCUGCAUCUUAGUCUUUCUUUUAAAGCUACCAUUGGGGAAAAAAGUAAUGACUCACAUGCUGAUAGCGAAAUAAAAUAUGACUGUAUGCAGUAGGCUUCAUGUGUUUGCAAGAGAUUGUAAUAACUGCAGUUAUGCAGUCAGUGUAACUGAUAAAUGCUUUUGUAAAGUUAUGAAUACAAAUUAUAAUUGUUAUUUCUGCUUAUACUUCACUUUUGUAGGAGUUGUAAAGUUCUUUUUCAUUUCAUUGCUUUUAUAUAAAUAAAAGUCUUUGUUAUCUGAAAGCUCAAGGAUAUGAAUUGAUAUGCUAACUGUAGAGGUGAAAAUAGAACAGUUUCUCAACUUAAGCUUCAUCUUCUGACUUCUAAGGGAGGAAGAGAGUUUUGCUGUUCAAAAUCAAAGUAGAAGCAAAAAAAAAAACCAACAAACAAGAAACAGAUACAGCCAGAUAACCAGAGAUACCACUGAUAAGAGUUUUUUCACACUUGAAAAUGUAUGUUUGGCAUGUUAUUUUUCAUUUAUUUAUUUUCCUUACUAUCUUUAAAACUUAAAGGAUGUAGUUGCUUUUUAAUGUGAAUAUCCUCCGUUCA